UCCCAUCAACAACAUGUACAAGACGGUUCUCUCACGAUGUGCGCGGCAGACAGCACCGGCACUACAAGUUGGCGCCCGCCGAAGCUAUGCAGCCUCCGCCUCGUCGCCGCCAUUUGACUGGCAGGAUCCCCUCAACGUGAAGAACCUCCUGACAGAGGAGGAGCUGGCGAUAGCCGAGACGGCGGAGAAGUACUGCCAGGAGCAGUUGUUACCAAGAGUCCUCCAGGCCUACCGCGACGAAAACUACCACCGCGAAAUCCUCUCCGAGAUGGGUGCCCUGGGUCUUCUCGGCGCGACUAUCGACGGGUACGGCUGCGCAGGCGCCUCUACGGUGGCUGGCGGGCUGAUCACAAAGGCUGUCGAACGCGUCGACAGCGGCUACAGGUCGGGCAUGUCGGUGCAAUCCUCGCUCGUUAUGGGAGGGAUAUAUGAGUUCGGCACAGAGGAGCAGAAGGACAAAUUCCUACCAGGCAUGGCCAAGGGCGAGGUGCUGGGCGCCUUCGGCCUGACAGAGCCGAAUCACGGCUCGGACCCCGGGUCGAUGGAGACGACAGCGCGCCCACACCCGACCAAGGAGGGAUACUACCUACUGAGCGGUGGUAAGACGUGGAUCACGAAUAGCCCGAUCGCCGACGUGCUGAUGGUUUGGGCCAAGCUGGCGGAGACGGGCAAGAUACGAGGGUUUCUGGUGGAGAGGUCGAGGUGUCCAGCCGGCACGCUCGAGACGCCUCCCAUCAAGAACAAAAACGGCUUGCGGGCGAGCAUCACGGGUAUGAUCCAGAUGGAUGACGUUCCAGUGUCCAAGGAAAUGAUGUUCCCACACGUCGAGGGCCUCCGAGGCCCGUUCUCGUGCCUCAACAGCGCACGCUACGGCAUCGCCACGGGCACGAUCGGGGCGCUGGAGGACUGCAUCGCUAGGGCGCGGACAUAUGCGCUUGAGAGGACGCAGUUCAAGGGGAACCCAAUCGCCAAGUACCAGCUGGUGCAGAAGAAGCUGGCAGACGCCACGACGGAUGCGGCAUACGGCAUGCUGGCGGCGAUCCAGGUGGGCCGGCUCAAGGACGAGGGCAAGGCGACGCCCGAGAUGAUCAGCAUGGUGAAGCGGCAGAACUGUGACCGCGCGCUGCAGGGGGCGAGGACGCUGCAGGAGGUCUUUGGCGGCAACGCGGUCAGCGACGAGUACGGCGUGGGGAGGCAUGUGGCCAACCUGUUCGUGACGCAGACGUAUGAAGGACAGAGUGACAUCCACAGUUUGAUACUUGGAAGGGCUAUCACCGGCACCCAGGCAUUUGCUUGAGGCCUACCUGGCUGUCACUAAAGGUGUGAGCCGUGUCACGAUCACCUCAUCCGGGCUAGUAUAUAUAGGGAACUCAUUGUAGCC